AUGACCACAGAUACUCAGAGACCCCAGGUGCCACUAAAAGGAGCAAUGGAUGGGAGAGCUGACUCCAAUAAGGUCAUGAAAACAGGAGAGCUGUCCCUGUCACUCUCCUGUUGCAGUACUCAGAUAGCAGACCUUACACCUUGCCUGCUGACCCUGGUUGCAGGGGCUGUUGCACUGAUACUGACGUCCUAUGGACAUACAGCCAAGGCAGUUAUUAGAAUCAAGUCAUCCCAGGCUUGGCGUAGAGCCCUGGGCACAUGUGGGUUCCACUUGAUGGUUGUGUCUCUCUUUUACGGGAGCAUCACAGCCAUCUACAUCCAGCCAAACAGUUCAUAUGCCCACACCCAUGGGAAGUUCAUCUCUCUCUUUUACACUGUUAUAACCCCAACCCUUAAUCCCCUCAUCUACACACGGAGAAAUAAGCAGAUGAAAGGGACGAAUACAGUGACCUAUGAUGAUGUGUGUGUGAACUUCACUCUCGAAGAAUGGACUUUACUGGAUCCUUCACAGAAGAGUCUCUACAGAGAUGUGAUGCUGGAGACCUACAGGAAUCUCAUGUCAAUAGGCUACAUUUGUGAAGAUGACAAUAUAGAAGAAUAUAUUCAAAGUUCUAGAAGACAUGGAAGGCAUGAAAGAAGUAUUACUGGAAAGAGAGCCUAUGAAUGUAAUCAGUAUGGUAAAUAUUUUGCCUAUCACAGUCAACUUCAAGUUUAUAAAAGAGCACAUAGUGGAGAGAAAUCCUAUGAAUGUAAUCAAUGUGGUAAAGCCUUUGCAUGUUCCAAGAGUUUCCAAAUUCAUCAAAGAACACACACUGGAGAGAUGCCAUAUGAAUGUAACCAAUGUGGUAAAGACUUUUCAUGCUAUAGUAAUCUUCAAAUACAUGAAAGAACACAUACUGGUGAGAAACCCUAUGAAUGUAACCAAUGUGGUAAAGCCUUUGCAUGUUUUAAGAGUCUCCGAAUUCAUCAAAGAACACACACUGGACAGAAGCCAUAUGAAUGUAACCAAUGUGGUAAAGCCUUUGCAUAUCACAGUUCUCUUCGACUACAUAAAAUAACACAUACUGAUGAGAAACCCUAUGAAUGUAAGCAAUGUGGUAAAGCCUUUUCAUAUAGUAGUCAUCUUGAAAGGCAUAAAAGAAUUCAUACUGGAGAGAAACCCUAUGAAUGUAAGCAAUGUGGUAAAGCCUAUCCAUAUCAUAGUAGUCUCCAAAAACAUAAUAGAACACAUACUGAAAAGAAACCUUAUAAAUGUAACCAAUGUGGUAAAGCCUUUGCAUGUUCCACGAAUCUCCAGAUACAUAAAAGAACACACACUGGAGAGAAACCCUAUGAAUGUAACCAAUGUGGUAAAGCCUAUCCAUAUCAUAGUACUCUCCAAAUACAUAAAAGAACACACACUGGAGAAAAACCUUAUGAAUGUAAGCUAUGUAGUAAAACCUUUGCAAGUCAUGAUAGUCUCCAAAAACAUAAUAGAACACACACCAGAUAGAAAUCCUAUGAAUGUAAGCAAUGUGGUAAAGUCUUUGCAUGUCAUGAUAGUCUACAAAUACAUAAAAGAACACAUACUGGAGAGAAAACCUAUGAAUGUAACCAAUGUGGUAAAGCCUUUGCCUGCCAUUAUCAUCUUUGAAGGCAUAAAAGAAUUCAUACCAGAAAGAAAUCCUAUGAAUGUAUUUAG